GCGCGCGUCCGGAGAGAGGUAACGCGACGACUGCGACGCGGACGACGACUGCGACGAGACGACGACGGUCGACUGGGCCACGCCAAUACCCUCCGCGCGCCGCCCGGGUCAUAAACGAUCUCACAAACAAGUGCUCAACGUUCGGGAAAUUACCCGCGCCGCCAUAUAAUAUUAUAUCGCCAAAGGCCGCCGCCGUCGACAGUGAUCGCGUCGCCGCCGCCGUCGCGCGGGUUCUUUUUAUUUUUCCGCCGCUAUUACACACGGUUUGAAAAUAUUAUUUCGAUUAUACUGCAAUAUUGUCCCGUUCGUUUUUUUUUUUUCAUACUGUAUACUCUCGUCGAUCCGCGGUUUUUAUAUCCACACGCAUUGCCGUGUCGAUCGUGCAGUGCCCGUACAGUGUGCGUGUAGUCGUCCGCGAUAUUUUCGGGCUCUGAAUAAAAAUACGUCGACAAAGUACGUUUUAAAUAUUUUAACGCCGUGCGUUUGGUUUAACGACGACGAUACACGAACCGCGUCACGACAGCAUAAUGCGGUGGCGUUGACCGACUCUCGCACGUAUACAUAAUAUUUUUGAAGACCUCAAAAAAAAAAAAAAGGACUGGUUUUUAUAAAACCGUGCGCAACACGACAUUAUACGGACGUGCGACCAAUAAUCGCACCGCUGUGUACCGAUCCUGUUCCCGGUCGCAACUUACGCGCCCGUCAUGAGUUCAAAGUUCAUCAUCGACAGUAUGCUGCCCAAGUACCACCAACAGUACCACCACCAGCUCUUGAACCCCGUCAUCACGUCCGGCGGCGGGCUGGACUCGUCGGCCGUCAACUACAGCUUGACGCCCAACAACUCGUCGUCGAGCAGCGCGGGCGGCUCGCCGCCGUCCACGUCGUCGCUGGUCUCGCCGGCCGCCAACCGCAUGUACCCCGCGUACGCCGUCCACCAUCACCAACAGCAGUUCGGCUCGGGCGCCGGUUCCAUGGCGUUCACGUCGCCCGGUUCGGCCGCCCUGGCCGCUGCCGUCCAGGACGCCGCGGACAAGACAUCGUCGUCGUGCCGGUACGGCGGUGGCGUCGGCGGCGUGAGCGUCGGUGGCGUGUCUGCAGCCGACACGAUGGUCAACAGCUACGCCGCUUUGCACCAUCACCACAACCAGAACGGCGCUGGCGGGACCGGCGCCGUGUCGUCCAUGGCCGCGGCCGCUCAGUUCUAUCACCAAGCGGCCGCCGCGUCCGCCGUGGCCGCUGACCCGCUCAACACCGCGUGCGCCGGACAGCCGGGCGCCCCCGGACCGCAACCCAUGCCCGACAUACCCCGGUAUCCGUGGAUGUCCAUUACAGAUUGGAUGAGUCCGUUCGACAGAGUUGUUUGUGGUCCGAACGGAUGCCCGCGUCGUCGCGGUCGACAGACAUACACCAGAUUCCAGACGCUAGAGCUGGAAAAGGAAUUCCAUUUCAAUCACUAUUUGACCCGGAGGCGGAGGAUUGAGAUCGCGCACGCCUUGUGCCUGACCGAGCGACAGAUCAAGAUUUGGUUCCAAAACAGGCGGAUGAAACUCAAGAAGGAGUUGCGGGCUGUCAAGGAGAUCAACGAGCAGGCCCGCAGGGAACGGGACGAACAGGCCAAAAAGCAAGAUCAUACGAAAAUGGACGUAGUAGGCGGUGGCGGCGGUAUGCACCAACAGCAACAACAACAGCAGCAGCAGCAACAGCAACAGCAGCAGCAGCAGCAAAUGUCGCACCAUCAGAUGUCUCACGAACAGCAGCAGCACAAGCUGCAGAUGGGCGGUCUGGACAAAGGAUCCGCCGACAUGCUCAAAGCCAAAACGUAAACGCCGUGGGCUAGCCAGCGAUGACGUUUCGCGCACAGUAAUAGAGUAAUGAUAAUAAUAAUGAUAAAUUAUAAUUACAUGUCGCAUGAUUAUUAUUGUUAUUGUUUUGAUAAUAACGUUGUAUAGAAUUUCUCUUUCGAUUCGAAAAAUACGUAAAUAAUUUAUAAAUAUAUAUAAUAUAUUUAUUCUCUCUCUCUCUCUCUAUAUAUAUUUAUAUAUAUACAAACUAUUCUUACAUAAUAUUUAUAC